UAAAAAAAAGCCCCAAAUUAAUCGCUGCCAUAUACGGAGGAGCUAAAUUCGAGAAAUGGCGGCCGGUGGUGGUGGUGGAACUGGAAAUACAGGAAUGUUACUCUACAAACUAUACAGAGCAAUCAGCUACGGCAUAACACCACUAGUCCACCUUCACAUACAGUGGCGCCGCCUCCGCGGACUUGAACAUCCGAAUCGCUGGCCAGAGCGGCUCGGCCGGUCCUCCCUUCCUCGUCCAGCCGGUGAUCUCCUCUGGUUCCAUGCUGUCUCUUUAGGUGAAGGAAUGGCGGCGAUUCCUGUGAUAAAACGGUGCGUCGAAUGUAGACCUGAUUUAAGUAUCUUGAUGACAACUACGACAUUAUCUGCAUUUGAAGUUAUAAAGAAUCAACUUCCAAAUGGUGUCUUGUAUCAGUUCUCCCCUCUUGAUACCCCUGUUGCUGUGGACACUUUCCUCGACUACUGGAAGCCUAAUGCUAUCGUAAUACUAGAGAGCGAACUAUGGCCAAAUCUUGUAAUGGGUUCAUCAAGAAAGGGUAUUUUGCUGGCAUUGUUAAAUGCUCGAGUGUCAAAGAAAUCAUUUAGAUUAUGGUCACAACCAAUGCUUCUUCCACUGGUUUCACUAAUGCUUUCUAAAUUUUCCUUGAUUAUCCCUCUGAGUAAUUUUCAGGGAAUUCACUUCCAGCUUUUGCAUGCCCCACCUGCUAUCAUUAACUUUGCUGGAGACUUGAAAUAUGCUGUAGAAUAUGACACUUCUAUGGGAGAUAAAGGAAGAAUGGAAGACCUGAAGGAAGAUCUUAACCGCAGGCAGGUUUGGAUGGCCGCUUCUAUACAUAGGGGAGAAGAAAAAGUUAUGCUGGACGUUCGUAAAGCACUCGUACAAGCAUACCCGGAUAUUGUCACUAUAAUUGUACCUCGUUAUCCUCAACACGGAAAAGAGAUUGCUCAACAAUUGCAGAGUGAACGAAAAAUUGUAGCUUUGAGGUCUCAACAGGAAAGGAUUACUGCAGGAACACAAGUUUAUAUUGUGGACUCAAUAGGUGAAUUGAGACAUUUGUAUGUGCUGUCUCCAAUAGCUGUGAUUGGGGGUUCCUUCUUACCUGGUUUAGCUGGCCAUAACAUAUCAGAAGCUGCUGCAGCUGGCUGUGCAGUUCUGACUGGCCAUCAUAUCGGGCAUUUUUCGCACAUGGUAAAGGAGAUGCAGCGAAAAAACCCUUUAUCAGUUAUGCAGGUUUCUGGUACAUUGGAACUUCAACAGACUAUAAUGAAGCUUCUUAAUGAUGCUGAAGCUCUGAAAGCUCAGCGCAUGGCUGCAAAGCAAGCAUUUCGUGCUUUGUCUAGCGGUAUUGUUGCCAAUGCAUGGAACCUGCUAAAUGUUCAUGUCAUUGAGACUAUAGUGAGAAAGUAGAUGAAGAAUUAUGCGAUGAGACUUGUAUUUGCCAUCAGCCUGAAAGCUUUUCACAAGGAGUAGCCUUAGAGGACUGUCAGCUCUGGAACUCUAAAAAUAUUGUCUAGUUAUUGGAAGACGUUGGAAAUUACAGAUGAUAUAUGCAUUGAAGAUUGGACCGUUGAUAUGCUGCGAUAAUGACUAUACUUUCUGCCUGGUGUUAAGUUGCUAUGUCUCUUGAAGAGGAAGUCAUCAGCAAUUCCUGUUGCCACUUCUAUCACACCUACUACAGCUUUUUCUCUGCCAUUUCUAUUCCUGCAAACUAGGGGUGUUCAAAUAUGGGUUACGUGGGUUAUGAACUUUAAAUGAAGUAGUAUUUUUAGUGCAAUACUGACAAUCUGAGAGUUUAUUUUGGAUAUUGAUCAACUAAAAAAUGAGCUUUUAAAAUUUUAUAACGCACAUAAACCUAAUUUGUACACCCCUACCGCAAACACUUGAAGUAGCGGUGCCAUAUUCUUCCUGGAUCAACAGAGGUGCCUCAAAUCUGCAUCCCCUCUGAUCAAUUGUAUUAUGUUUGGAAGAUUAACUCAUCACAUGGUAUACUCAGAGGACCAUUUUUCUUCUGGGCAUAGUCUUUGUAUGCUUGCUCUUACAAUCUCCAGAGAAUCGAAUGAUUCAAUUAAUGUGCUCUGAUGAUGAAUCUUUCUUCGGCUUCACCCACUACCACACUCACUAACUUCCGGCACACGUUAAUGAUUCUUUCAGUUUCAUAAUGUUGCAGAUUUUACAUCUUCAAUGCUCUAAGGGAUCAGGCACUAAGUAAUGCUUCAGAGAUCUUCUCCGUUUACGUCCUCCAUGAUUAAUGAUUUUAUGUGUCACAUCAACCACGAGACACUGUGAGAUGCUACCCUUUCAGGUAAAAACCUUGAAUUUCGUUGCUGUUAUUGGUAGUGAGGAAAUUGUUCUGCCAAAUUGUUUACCUUUUCUAUCUCUUCGCUUGUUCUUUCACUCCGUAAUGAUGUGCCAUCCGCGUAAUUUGGCAAUCUCAUUGUUGAUGAAAAAGUAAUUUCAAUGGGAGAAAAAAUCUAAUGUUAAUUCUAAA